UAGUGUUACUAUCUCCCUUGCGCACUGGCAGCGCAGUCGAAGCCCACCUUGCGCGCGUGUGUUUGUCUGUCAGCCAAGCUGGAGAUGGCAGCGAACCGGGUCGGGAGGAGAUGUAACAACAAAGUCCACUCUCCGAAUCGUGGGGCGGCAAGGGAACCUGGACUCAGUGUGCAGAAGAGGCAAGCGAGGGUGACGGUUAAGUACAACAGAAAGGAGCUCCAAAGGCGACUGGACGUGGAGAAAUGGAUUGAUUCUGGGUUGGAUGAGCUUUACAGGGGCAGGGAAGAGGACAUGCCGGAGGAGGUGAAUAUCGACGAGCUGCUAGACCUGCCAAGUGAUGAGGAGAGGGUGUGCAAGCUAAAGGACAUUCUUCACACCUGCAGUAACAACACAGAAGCAUUCAUUAAUGAGCUGAUUCUCAAGGUCCAGGGCUUGCAGAAACAGGAGGACCUCCACAAUGAUGGCAUGGAACACCCCCAAAUCCCCCACCCUGAAGCGGAGAUGCACUGAGCACGCUCUUCAGUCAGGGCGAGAGGGGGCUGACCAGUGUGUCUCCUAACCCCACCCCCUCCCCUCACCAAACCGAACCCCCUCCCCCCCUGCACACGCUGCUCUUGGUCCGCAGCCCUGGGCCACACAGAAGAAGAGGCGGCAGAACACGGCCUAAAACCCCAGACACGCUUCAGCCCUCCGCCCACGCAGAGACCCCCUGGGGAGCCGCAUUUUCAUUGGGCACGACCCAGAGAGUGCGCCCCACUGAGGCGUGCCGGGACACACCUCCACAUUUCACAGUGUGCACUGAUUCCCACAAAUCCAGGCCCUCUGGGUGGGGAUUUCCGGAAACCAGCCGACGUUUCCCAUCCUUGUGUGUGUGUGUUUUCUUUUUUUUUCUUUUUUACAAGCCCCAGGGUUGUAAAUCGAUCCUCCUCUAAGUGAUCUGCAGCAGUACACUUUAUUGGAAAAUCAGCAGUUGAUGAAUGGGGUGAAAUGGAUGGGGAUGAUGACAUCACCUCACUCACUACGGUCUCUCGUGCCGCAAGGUUACACCUUAUCCGGUUAAUGCCGGAAAACCCAAGAGCAAAAUGGAAAUGAGAAACAAGAUUAAAUAUGGCUCUAAAUGCCCGGGAUUACCAAUAAUCAAAACAAACACAAUCUAUAGGAGAUGGUGUUGUUGGCCAUUCUAACUUGCUUGUGGGUUUUUGUGGACCUGAAGCUUUAAUCUCCUCCCUACUGGGAGAUAAGCAUUGCCCUGUGAUUUCAGUGUUAGCUUUCUCAGGUGCGUUCGUUGGAAUAAGCUGUUUGAGCCCCAGAUGGAAGAUUUUCCAAAACCAACAAGCACACACGACUGCAAUAAUGAUGCAUGUAGCUGAUUAGUGUGCAUAGGGUGAGCCAUACUGUAUGAUCAUUGAAUCUGAAGGGUCUAUGCAGAGGUCUGUCCGUGUGUGUGUGUGUGUGUGUGCAUGCAUGCUUGCGUGCAUGCAUGUGUGUGUUUUGUUCAAUUUAAUGAGUUACACUCGUGAACAGAAUAUUUUUUAAAACAGUACAGAAAUAAAACACUGUGCAUUCAGAAUUACAUUAAAACAGUGUGUCUCAAAGCUAAGAUUGACAUGUGUCUAGAUUAAAACUUCAAAAUGAAGGUUUACAAUGAACAAGAAAAAGUGGAGAAUGAGAACUUAUCUAGAAACUACUGAAUGUUUUCAAAGCUGGUCACCUUUAUAAUCGUUUACUGUGUCUAAUGCGGUGUUAUUGUAUUUAAUUAUGAGUGAUUUGAAUUAUAUUACUGUAUUACAUGUCAUUACAUUAUAUUAAAAUGACAAUAAAUUGUUCCACAAUGAUUCAAAUUCAAUUAUAUCAGAUCUUUCACAUUUAACUCAAUCUCUUUGUAAUUAAUGUGAUUUAUUGAAAAGCAUCAAAUUCAAUUCUGUUAUAUUCAAUAAAAUUAAGAUAAGGUAAAUCCUCCCUCCACUAUUUUCUUGUUCAGGUACUUUAAAAAGGGAUGGUAACCAAAACACAACAAUGUCACAUUGCUACAGUGUUUUAUGGCACAGCAACACCAUUGAUUCCAAAGUUUUCAGAGCACAGGGAAUCCUAUUGGUUGGUUGUUGGCAUCAUACAGUAACUGCCACCUGUAUAUCUUCAGUCCGUCAUCCGGAAAAGUUAUGCUUCAAGCCAGCAACACUCCUUAGGUUCCUAUAAUUCCUAAAAGAUAAUUUUCUUAUUAAUUCAUUUGUGCAGCCAUUUGCACACUUAUAUACUUGUUUUCACAGAAACUGUAAAUAUAAGUCGGUGUAAAAAGCCGAAAGUCUGCUUCUUGUAUUCUUAUACUCUGCUUUUUAAGUGAUGAUUGAGUAACCGACAGUCUUACUGCUCACAGCACUGUGUAGUACGUCCCCUCUCUCCAUCUCCUGUUGAUAAUUAUCAGGAACCAAACCAAACAAAAAAACCCUGCAUGAUUUCAAGAGGGAUUGCUCUUAAGCAGUUCAUUAAUUAUGCUAUGUUUCCCUUUACAUUAUUAAUUGGAAAAGAGCAAUGAAGAUAAGAGUUGCCUCAUGGUUGUUAAAAAACCUUCUAACAGUCAGAUAAACCUAACUUGUCAACUCCAGUGUUGACAGAGACAGCUCCAUGUGUUUUUUUGGAUUUGUAUAAUCUGUGCCAAUUUCUAUUCAUGUUUUUCCUACCCAUUUUUGUUAAUUGGCUGUUUCAGUAUGAUUUGUAAAUCUGUAUUUGUUUGUUAGUCUUUUUUUUUUUAUUUGUAAAUUCUUUUAAAUAAAGAUCGACCUCUGCAA